AUGCAGGAACUCCGUCAAGUACUGAUUCAUGGAGAAACGGAUGGCUUCGCAAGUCAUCCCGAGCAAAGAGUUGAGUUCCUCACUUGCGGAACCUUUCUCAUCAGCUUCGAAAUUUUUCAAGGAGGAACAUCCAAGUGGGAGCCACACCUUAAUGCUCUAGUGUCAGUGGCUAGUCAAAUUCGUCCGAACGACGAUGGCUCUCUCUCUUUUCAGUCCCCUAAACUCGAACCAGGCUUGCAGAGAAUGGUCGAUGCUGCCAUGAGGUUCCACAUGGCACAGCUGUUGUGGUUCGAGAUGGUGGCUUGUGUCGCAACUGGCAAAGCUCCCAAGCUGCCAUAUCAAACCUGGCUAGCACUAGAUGACCUGGAUAUGUCGUGUGUCAUGGGCUGUCAAAAUUGGGCUAUGCUUGCUCUUGGCGACGUUGCACUAUUAGAAACUCAGCUAGCGGAAAUGAGCUCUAGUCUGGCGAGGAGGCGAUCGUAUGAUUUGAGGCAGAGACUGCGUGCAGGGAUAGAUGGUUUACGAAACACAAACGAUGAGGCUUCGGCGCCGAUGAUAUGUCAAGCAGUAACCCGUGUCUAUGCAACAGCUACCCUUUCACAACUGCGGGCCUUCACGGCAAUUGAUUUUGAAUAUCACGAAGAGGUGCACGAGGCCGUGGCGGAGGUAAUUAGUGCGUUAGAGGAGAUGCCAAAGGGGGCAUCUCUCAGAGGCUUGACAUGGCCAAUGUGCGUCGCUGGUGCAAUAGCUCGACAAGAUCAACAAGACUUCUUCGAGAGGAUACUUACAGCUAAUCUCGAAACGUCGGGUACCAGCUUCACGAAUUUUGGAACGGUGCUUCUGAUUCUAAGAGAAAGCUGGGAACACCGAGACGACUUUGGCAACGACAGGAAUGCGACUAGAAGUGCGAUGAGAAGGUUGGGAAUCAGUGCACUUUUAGUUUGA